AUGGCGGCGGUGGCGGCGGCCGGAGCGGGAGCCGCGGGAGCGGCCGGGGCGGUGGCGGCCCCGCCGCGGGGCAUCCGCACCUGGCUGCGCAGCGCCUUCCGCUUCGCCACCGACCGCAACGACUUCCGCAGGAACCUGCUGCUGAACCUGGGGCUCUUUGCCGCCGGGGUCUGGGUGGCCCGGAACCUCACCGACAUCGACCUGAUGGCGCCGCAGCCCGUGCCGUAGCUCCGGAAGGAGCUGGAGCUGCUGCGAGCAGAGCUCACCAUCCCACCAGGACUGGAGCUGUGGAGAUGCUCAGAUGCCACCUGGAGCUGCUCAAAUCCCUUUGGAGUUGUUCUCAUCCCACCUGGAGCUUCUGAGAUUGCCUUGGAGCUGCUAAAAUCCCUUUGGAGCUGCUCUGGUCCCACCUGGAGCUGCUCUGGUCCCCCCUGUCCUGCCUGGAGCAGUGACAAGGACAAAAGGUUCAAUGCUGAGAGGAAGAUUUGGUUUCCCAUUCAUUCCUCGAGGAUGUUCAUGGAAUUUCCUCCUGUACCCCCCAGAGGUUUAUUAAAUUUUAUGGAAUAACAACACAA